UUUUCUGUGGCUUUUCCAUUUCCCGCAGACGAUAUUUCUCGAACUAACUUCGCCUUUGACAGCUGCCUGAUUUCUUUUUUAAAGUAUUUACUUUGAGAUGAAAGUUUGAUAUUCUCCUGUGAAACCAUAUGCCUUUGCAGCUCCAACCAGCUGUGAAGUCUGCAUGUCAUCUCCCCGUGCGCUGAAGAGCAUUUCUUAAAUGUUUGUUUGUUGAAAAUAUUUACAAUAAAAUAUGUUUGAUCUGACGAGUGACAACUCCUUAUCAACAGACUCUUGGGACUAUGUGUCAUCUGGCAACAAUACCACGUUAGAUGUUAGCCAAGGUCUCCAGAAAUUUGGCACCCAUGGCAACAACACGAUCUUCUUUAAAUAUCCAGCAGAACUCAUGGACUUUGCAGCGUCUAUCUUCAUUAUCUUCGCCGUUGUGGGAGUUUUCGGAAACCUGGUGUCCAUCCUAGCCUUGUCCAAGUGCCGAAAACUCCGCAACGCCACGACCGCCUUCAUCGUCAACCUUUGCGUCGCCGAUUUGUUAUUCUGUAGUUUCUCCAUGCCACUGUCUGCCCUAACAUUCUUAGAAAGAGACUGGAACUACGGUGAAGCCCUUUGUAAGCUGUUCCCUCUGGUCAGGUACUCAAACGGGGCAGUGUCACUGUUUAGUGUGAUAGCUAUUACCAUAAACCGCUACAUCCUAAUUGUCCACCCCAAGAUGUAUCGUGAAAUGUACAAACCCAGAAACAUUGGCAUUAUGAUAGCUAUUAUGUGGAUCGCCGCAUUGAUGUUACUAUUUUUUCCGCUUUUUGAAGUCUGGGGUAGACUUGGAUAUGACUCAAAAGUAGGAACAUGUACCAUACUAAAAAUGAACGGGUCAUCCCCCAAGAUGACUCUUUACAUAAUUGCGUUCGGAUUGCCAUCUGUGGUGUUUCUCGUUUGUUAUUCGAGAAUUUUCUGGGUUGUUCAUCAGGCAGCGAAAAGAGUCCGGAAGACCUCCCCGGAUUAUUCGACUAUCAGCGACUUGGUGACAUUUUCUGCCAAGAAAGGGGUGUUCUGGAGGAACUACAGGCAUUCUGAAAUGAAUAAGGAGAAAGUGACCCUAUGGCGGAAUAAACAAGAGUUGAAAGUCUUAAAGUUGAUGAUGGUUAUAUUCAUCACAUUCAUCCUAUGUUACUUUCCCGUGACUUUUGUGAAGAUUUUUAAGAAAGAAGACGAUCUUCCCAUUCUGAAUGUUAUAGGCUAUAUGGGAGUCUACUUUUCAAAUAUUAUUAAUCCUGUAAUAUACAUUGUCAUGAGUAUCGAGUAUCGGAAAGCAUAUAUAGAGCUGUUUUGUCCCAGCUUAAAGAAAAAUACUCCUACUAAUACUAAUUCAUCAUCAGGUAUAUAAAAAAUGCAAAUGAAAUAUAUGGAAUUCGGCUUAAGAUAAAUGUCGCAUUUAACUCAGACAAAAUAAGAUCAAUUCUUGAAGUCUGUUUGAUUCUUAAAUGCGACGACGCAAAUAAAUACUUGUUUCUCAAUGGAAUGUUAGUAAAAGAAAUCCAUAGCGAUAAAAAUAUGAUAACUAGUCUAAGGUGGUUUUUCUUAACAACAGGCUUCUAGGAUACUUGAUGCAGAAAUUUUGAAGCAAAGUUAUAUGUAUUAUAUCCUGUUGCUGCUGUAACAUUCUAUGGCAAUAAUACAGUGAUUUCACAAGGCGCCUCUGGAGGAUAGUAAAAUAAUCGUUUGAGAAAGCACUAUAGAAAGAGGGCAACAGUUGAAUAAUGUCUAUUUUGGUUGCCAAAAUGUAGAUUUCCAACGUAAAUGGGUCAAUACUCUAUAUUCAUCCCUUAAUGAUUGUUAUUACUAUGAUUUUCUAAAAUAAUCAAGAUCUGCAUGUCGCAGUAUAUUAUUUAUAUAUAUAUAUAUAUAUAUAUAUAUAUAUUAAAAGAUGAAAUUGGCUAAAACAAUAAAUUAACCAAAAACAUUAUUUAGUAGGGAACAUCAGGGAAUAUGAUGAUUCAGACUUUUUUACAUGGACAAUUUACUGGCUAAGAGUGAAAUUCGGCUACUUAUAACCAUAGUUAAUCCAUAGUAGUCCAAGAAACUGCUGGCUUUCAGUUUAAGCUAGUAGAAUACACACAUAAAAAAUAAAAUUUGCUUGAUAUAUUUUCAUUCCACAUAGCACAAUCUCAUUUCAUUGUACAAAACUGCAUUACUAGUAUUAAAGCAUUUAUCGUACUCGGUUUAAAGUUUAUAAACCACAACAGCCUAUUUUGAACUCGAGGUUCUCAAUAUCCCUUCCAAUUUAGUCUGUGUAGAUUGUAGAAAAUUUUUAUUAAUUUUCUCUAAAUUAGGCAUCAAAAAUUCUACAAAAUGUUAAUACAUUUAUAUCAUUAUCGUCUCAUUAUUCAUCACAAUAAUGCUACAAAAAAAAUUUGUGGAACAAAAUUUAGGAUCAAAUAUAAUUUUACUUUUAAAAAAUUGUCUUUGUUAAGAAUUAGCUUUUGUCUAAAAAUCUUUACAUUGCGAGCAUUUUUGGCCUUUUUAUUGUAGCACUCAUAUCAAAGAACCGGCGAAAUUAAAUUGAUAAGAUAUAUUUCAGACCUUCUAGACUAUAUGAAAUAUAAUCAUGAUUCAACCGUUGUCUCUGUAGCAGUAUAAAAUGCUUAUUACUAAAUGCUUAUUAAAUUGUAAUAUUUUAUUCCAAAUUCUGAAGUGCCAUAAUAAACUAUCAAUAGCAAUAAAUGAUUUCCGUAACAUAAAGUUUGAAGAAUAUUAUAAAUAUGCCAUUGACAUUAGAAUUCCGAUUUCAAUAACAUUAGAAUAUCAUUCUAAUCCAUCUGAAAAACGAAAUAUCUUCUUGUAGUUGCCAAAAAAUCUAGAAUAUCUCCCUCAAACGAUACUAUAAUGGGAGAAUUCUGAAUUUCUACAGUAUUACAUAGGAUUUAACCUUGCAACUCAUAACUUUAGCUCAGUUUAUGCAAAUGAAAUUAAAUUGGAAUAUGCUUUUGAGCAAGCAACUGUAAAAUUCCUUCAAAAUUAUUAAAGUUUUAAUUCAAUACAUGGCGCGUAGGCUUAGCAUUUAUAGGUAUACGCGAAUGUAUUACAUUUUAUGCAUAGAAUAAUGAUAUGACAAAAUAUACAUAGAAAUGCAAUUACUAGCGUUUUGGAAAUUACUAGCGUUUUUCACCCAUAACAUUAGGAGAAUACUAUUAUCACACAAAAACUACUUUUAAGUUUCUUUUAAAAAGAAUUUACAUCAGUUAUUCAACGAUUAAUAAACGAUUAUUUAAAUAUUUUUAUGUUACGAUUUUAUUAAAUAAAUGAAUUUAUUUAAAUACAUUUUUUUUGUUUCAUUUUCCAGAUAUGUUUAAGAAUUUUUCAUAAUAUAUAUUCACUCUUUUGCAA